AACAUUGUAUACAACUAUUAGCACACAAAUCUGCAAAUAGAAUAACCAUGCAUGUUUGGUAUCUGUUACAUAAUCAAGGCUUUUACUCAUAUGAUAUGUAUUUUGUCAUUAAUACAAAUCGACAAACAUACGUAUAUAGCUAAUCGUUUUCGUUUAGGAUCAUAAUAAUUUAAGUCCGUGGGGUUAGUCAGCGAUCAUUAGAUCAGUUACUUUCGUUUGAUUAUUGGUGUCGUCUGAUUUGGAUGUUAAAAUAAUCGGGAGAUAUAGAAGAUCACAGAGCCAUGAAUGAUGAUCUGAAAGAAGAGAGUUGUUGGGGAAUGUUGGUAGACUUAGAGUCUUACGGUCGUCAUGGCGAUACUAAACAUGACUACAAGAUAAUAUCUUAUGAAGAUGCAAAGACGCAGUAUAAAGAACACAUGCAUGCUUCUCAUGGCAUGCUCUACGCAAAGAAUGACGUCGUUUUGUGGAAUCUCUAUAACACCAAGGCUGCCGUUCUGAUGCAGAUGCGAUUUGAUGGUCUGCUCGGAUUCCCUGGUGGCCUUGUUGACCCAGGAGAAAACCCUGUCGAGGGUCUUAAUCGUGAAAUGCAUGAGGAAAUAGCGCUCGAUUUAAAUAAACAUAGUUUCAACGAAGAGAACCAUGUUGUGACAUUUUUACACGAUAAGAAGAAACUUGUGUUGCAUUUCUACAUUAAGGAAGUUACGAUGGAUGAAUUCAGAGGAAUUGAAGAUAAAUGUACACAAGCACAUGAACACGGUAUAGAGACAUUGGGUAGUAUUCGACCACCAUUGUUUACUAUGGGAGAUAACUUCAGAGGUUUUCCUGCAUUUCUAAGUAAUCAGUUUGCCGGGAACGCUAAAGAAGAGUUGCUUUGCGGACUAGUUCAUACUAAAUUGUUCACUCGAGAAGAGAUAGAGCAUGUAGUGGAAUUAACAGAAAAUUUCAAGGCAAAUAAAUCUAUAUGACGCUUUACAUAGCACGGUUAACAUAAUGUUCGAAGAAUUUUAGAAUAUAUUAUAAAUACAUGUAAUUAACUCAAUGAUCAAUGGCCGCGGGUAGCGUUUGUGAAUAUCUGCCAAUUAACAACUUAGUGUUAUUAUAUAAAUAACA